AUGUCUUUUGGGGUCGAAGUCUGGGUCAAUGAAGAUGGCAACCUUAGUCGAUGGGCGCGGGCCGGCUCCGGGUGGGAUGACAAGUGCCUGGUGGCUCUCGAUAACCCACCUGCUAGGCUAGCUACGGCCAGUGCUGAACCCAUUGGGCAAUGCUACCUACGGGGGAACAGGGGGUGCCGCAGAUUGGCCCUGGCGAAAAUGGCAACAAAUGGACCAUCACCAGCAGACACGAAAGCGUUCAAUCCAUACGCUUCGUCCUCAGGGAAUCUCAUUGGCGACUCGAGGAACAGUCGAAGGCAGCUUCCACGGAUGGCCGCUGCACAGCGAUUCUGCAGUUGGCGGGAGACAAGUUUGAAGAGGGGGAGAGGGGGAGGGGGAGGGGGGUGUUUGCAGGUUGCGGCUUGCUUGUCAAGCACUGACAACUUUGAGCAAGCAACGAUCAAUUGGAUUAUGAUGCCUGGGGUAUCUCACCGAGUCGGCGAAUGGACGGCACCGACUACCCUCCCUCCAGUGCAGCGUAGCCCCCGUGUAGCCCCCAGCUCGAGGAGUUGGCAGCACUCGUCAGAUGCUAGGAUCGGGCACGAUGCGGUAGGAGCCAAGAUCCCCCAGCUCACACCCCCCGACUCGUGCAAGGAAGGCAGCUCGCCCGCAUUCCGACUUCAAGGUGGCUCUCGCAUACCCAUGAAGAAAAGCCAGGGUAUAUGAAAUGACCCAUCAUCAUGCCGUACAGUUGAGCAUUGGCGACUUGCAACGAUACAAGAACCAACGCAUGUUGUGUUCGCGAGUGACAGUAGAGAGGUUGAAUGGAAACAAUUCAAGUGGCUCAUCCAAAGCACCAACUGCAUGGAAUGCCAGCC